CCUUCUCUCACUCACUCUGUCCGUCUGUCCUCAUUCUAUCUCUCUCGUUCGCUCUGCCUUUUACUCCUCCUCUCUCCCCACCCCCGCGCAGCCUUCCUCUACUCUUCCACCGCCGCUCUUCCUCCUGCCGGCCGUCGUCGUCGUGGUCUUCCUUUACUCGCCUCGUUGCCGCGCGACGUCAACAUCGUCGGGUUGGUGGUUACCCGGUGGAAGACGAGAGCCGAGAAAAAAAAAAGAAAAAGCGAAGCACAGAAGAGUGGCCGCCACCGAGCGUCCAACGACGCUCGUCCACGCGAGACCGGGUUGUGGGGACGAUCUCGCGUCUCUUCCUCCUUUCACGGAUCUUCGCCGACACAUCAGAGUUGCCCGAGGAGAGAGAGAGACAGAGAGAGGGAGGGAGGAAGGGAGAGAGAGAGAAAGAGAGAGAGAAAUAGAGAGGGAGGUGACACUUUCGGACAGACACGCGGCACGGAUCUCGCACACUUGGUGGACGCGCGUGGUGGAUACGGAAGAGCCGCGUUCCGUUGCAGAGAUCGGUGACGGUGCCAAGAGAUCUCGUUUUUUUCCUCUCUCUUUUUCCGAUCUUCAUCCGGGCUCUUUGUCCCGAAAGCGGCUUCGCGAGUCGAGCACGGAUUUCGCGCCGAUCUUCGCCAGUGUGUGAGCGACCAUGCGUGUGAUUUCCAAGUGACAGUGCGAAGACGACGAUUCUCAACAUCACCUUGCCGUCGUCAUCGUUCCCGAAGAAAGACGGUCGAGACCGUUUCUUAAACGACAUUCGUGCGGAUUAUCGCCUCGACGAAUGAUCUAUUGAAUCUCAUACGAACGUCAAUAUACGUUGCGAGUGAUCGUGAAUGAUUCCUAUGGUGUGACUUUGCUGUGCUCGCAGUGAUUAGUGUCGAUGUGCCGGUCGCAGGAUAACGGUGAACAGAACCUCGAUUGUGAUACAUAGAUAAUACACCCAACGCACAAACGAUAAUAUGGCCAGUGCAACAACGAUGGGUCUACGUCGUAGAGCACCGGUGAACUCGCCGACUCCCUCGAGCCAAUCACUGUCCACGACGACGGGUGCGUCGUCGUCGAGCAAGCGCUCGAGAAGCGAGAACAACAAUAGCCCGUCCCACGGCAAUCUGAACUCGAUGAAUGGCGGCACUCGGGACGAACCGCCGACGAAGAAGUCCCGCGGGACUUCGACAAGCGGAGGAAAAGGUGGCAACUCCUCCUGCUCCUCCUCAUCUUCGAACUCAGCCUCCUCGGCGUCCUCCACGUCAACGACUACGAGUAUCUCGACCGAUAGUCAGAUUACGAAGAGUCGCGGAACUUCCGUCUCGAGAUCGGCCACUCAGACCAAGUCGUCGUCCACCUCGACGGCUGCCAGCACGGCCUCUUCCUCGACGAGCGAUAUAUCCAACGGUUCCGUACUCUCGACCAGCUGGCCGACCACGUCGAACAUGUCGGACGUGCCGUCGUACGCUUCCGUAACCGGGCUGGGCUUGACGGGCGGACAAACGGCCGGCCUGUGCGCCGGAAGCCUCGGCAUGCCACCUACGCCAAUUCCACCGUACAUGUCGACCUCCAUGGCGACUUUCGUCGGCAACGCCACGAACCUCGGCAAGAGCUCGUCCGUCUCAUACCUCGACAUUUCGAACAUGACCGGUAGCUCCCUGGCUGCUUCCGGCGCUGCGAACUCGUUAAACGGCGGAUACGCGCCGACCGGCGCUGCCGCCGGCGUGGACACGAAGGGCGGAAUGGCGAUGUCGUAUUCGGGGAUGCCGUCGCCGAAUGUGAAUGGCGGCGCGUACGGCGUGCAGAAGGGACAGGGUCCGAAAGGAGUCGACGGAGCCGCCGCGUCGCCGAGAAAAUUUCAAAAUGACGCCAUGUUCAACGCCUAUCAGCCGUGGGUGAUCAAGACGUACGGCGAUCUCGCCAAGACCAAGACGAUCACCAUCAAGAAAUACGCGCGCAUCCUGAGGACCUUGCGGGGCGAGGAGGUGAACAGCGCGGAGAACAGCAAGUUCCGCUUCUGGGUCAAGAGCAAGGGUUUCCACAUCGGCCAGCCGGAAGGCUACGACGCGAAAGCGGCAGACAGGAUUAUUGGACGUCACGCCGUCACGAGUCCGGGUUUGGAUCCGCCACUCUACGUGCCCACGCAGCUGCCGCACAACAAGGCAAUGAAUGGUGCUGAAGGUACGAUUCCACCUGGAAGAGUGUACAAGAAAGUCGCGAUUGUAGAGAAUUUCUUUGACAUCAUCCAUGCCGUUCAUGUCGAUCUCGAAGGACGUCCUGGAAAGCAUGCCGGUCAAAAGCGCACCUACAGAACGAUCACAGAGACGUACGCGUUUCUACCCCGAGAAGCGGUAACACGAUUCCUACUGGGUUGCACGGAGUGCCAACGGCGUCCGCGGACGCCCAGUCCAACGAACUUAUCUAAUCAGUCACAGUCCACGGCAGCAGCAGCAGCAGCGGCAGUAGCAGCAGCAGCGGCAGCAACGCUGGCGUCGACGUCAACCUCGCUGAGUCCGAAUCCCGGUAACGCUCCUCUCGCGACCUCGACGUCGACGACGACGACUUCGUCGGUGCAAAAUACCCCUAAACCACGCAACAGUGGCCAACACGCAUCAUCGGAAGGCAAGAACUUGCAUAACUACAGGCACCAAAAGCAGCAGAAGAAUAGCAGCGGGAGUGUCGCUGCGGAGACGAAAGACAAAGACAAAGAUGAGAAAUACAAUCCACUAAGUAUCACGAAUCUACUAAAGAAAGAGCCAGUGAACGGCGGUUAUCUGGCGAGUUCGGAGACUUUGCCGGAAUCUCGGAGAACACCAGAGUCCGAUCGGGCGAGCUCGAAGAGUUCAGCAUCGUCAAAGAGAAAACGGAUGCUACCAGAGGGACGGACACCUUCGCCGCAGCCUAGUCAGCCAUUACCGAGGCCUUGGAGUCCUGGGCUGGACCCGAAGAACACGCCCAUUGAUUACAGUUUGCCUAUCACCACGUCGUACCUGAAGCAUCAGCAGAGACUGCUCCAGGAGAAGAGCAAGGCAGCCGCCGCCAAUGCGCUGAGGGAGUCCGAGACAGAGUCAAAGACCGUUCCGACCAUCGUGACGCCGCUCAUUGAAGAGGUGGAGAGUGUCGAGAGGGAGAGGUACUCACCAGCCACCGGCCUGAUCGACACGAACCUCAAUCUACUGGCGACUAUUCAGCAUCUGCAUUGUCAAGUAAUGCUGGCGCUCACCGAGCGAUUGAGACCAUCAUUCACGGUGCCGAGCCCUCUAAUUCUACCACAGACAUCCCCGAAUAUGCUCGCGGGCACGAUGAUGAUGGGCACGGAAGUAUCGGUCCAGACAGGGGAAAAUCAUUCGUAAAUUAAUCGAUGCGAGAGAGAAGAGA